AUGCGUUGGCGUUGUGAUUGUUUUGAUCAAUGGCGUUUAAAUGAAAUGCGUCUCGAUGCCGCAUUAUUAUCACAACAAAUACCACGACCACCAACAUUACGAAAUGGUAUUAAUAAUACAAGUGUAACAAGUCGAACAUCAAUAACACAUUUACGUGUCAGUUCAACUCGUCGUGGACAAAUAAAUAAUAAUUCAAAAAAAUUAAACAAAGAUUUAUCAAAUCCUUUUAUUUUAACUGAAAAUCUAAAUAAUUUAUGUCCUUUUGAUUUUGGAAUUGAAGAUAGAGAUACAUACAACAAUAUGGAACAACCUUUAGAUUUAACAAUAACAAAUACAAAAAAUUCAUUUACAAUUGAAUAUUUAACAUCUAAUAUUCUUAAACCAAAACGAAAGCCAACAUUUUAUUAUCAACAAUCACCAUUACAUCCAUUAGAAAAUCAAAAUUUUUCUUUAAAUUCAACAUUAAAUGAACAUGUUGUACCAAAUAUUUGUAGUCCAUCAACAAGUACUAAUUGUGCUUUGGAAAUAGUUAAUGGUGGACAUGGGAUUAAAAAUCCAUUAUUUGAUUGUGCGACAGAAGCACUACAAAUUAAAUAUGCUAAUUCAACAAAUCAAGGUGAAGAAUUUAUAUGUGGUUUAUGUAUGAAAACAUUUAAACUUCAACGUCUUCUUAAUCGUCAUUUAAAAAAUCAUAGUCAACUUAAACGAUAUUUAUGUACAUUUUGUGGUAAAGGAUUUAAUGAUACAUUUGAUCUUAAACGGCAUACACGAACACAUACAGGUGUUCGUCCAUUUAAAUGUGAUCAAUGUGAAAAAGCAUUUACACAACGUUGUAGUCUUGAAUCUCAUCAACGAAAAGUUCAUGGAUUAAAUCAUGUUUUUGGAUAUAAAAUUCGUCGAAAUAAAUUAUAUGUAUGUGAAGAUUGUGGACAUACAUCAACUGAUCCAUCAAAACAUUAUGAACAUAUAAAAAAUUUUCAUCCAUAUUCACCACUUAUACAUCGAUAUUAUGAUAAAAGACAAUUUAAAUUUGAUUCAAAUUCCUUAUUAUCAAAUAAAAGCAUAUCAGAUCGAUCGAUUUUAUCUGAUGAUGAUAAUCAUAUUCAAUGA